AAUCCGCUGCAUUGUGACAUUAGCAUAAUUAUCAGAUUGAAGUUGAAACAAUAACAACAGAACAUCUUGAGUCUUUUUAGACUUUAGUUACUUCCUCAUUCACAAAUCACAAUGAACAUUUCCUCACUGUCUGCAUAUCGAGUUAUUGCAUAAUCUCCCAUGUCCACAUGUGAAAACCAGCCAGCAAAUUAAAGCAGAAUGACAGAAUCUCCCUUUGUGUAAAGCAACAAUACAUACACACACGUUAUUAAAUCAAUUAUUAAAUUCAACUAAACACUUGUUCCUUCUCUGAGAGUAAAUUUAUUAACUGGGAACUAACAUGCAUACUUUAGAAAGUCCCGUGUGUAAUCUUUAUCCAUUUGAAUAUAACCAACAAGCCAGUCCGAUCCAUAAUCAUCAAAUUAAAAAGCUAUAUUCCUUCUCACUCGCCACUCACUAAUCACACUCCAUUCAAAAAUUCAAACCAAACAUAACAACAACAGCAUUUAGAGAGUAAUAAAAAAGAACAAAAAUAAUGAUGACAAGAGGAGUUAACCCACCAUUUCAGCCAAACGGGGAGUACCAGAUAUCAAGGCUACCACCACCACCAUCGCAUUCCUACCGGCCUCAAAACCGCCAGCACUACGCCCCGCCGCCAUCGCGGCCCCCCUCUUCGUCUUCGAAGUCGUCGUCGUGCAAGGCCUGCUGCUGCUGCAUGUUCCUGCUGGUCUCCUUCUUGUCCCUCGUUCUCCUUGUAAUCCUCUUGGCAUUGGUUCUAUCCAUCAAACCCAAGAAGCCACAGGUGGACCUCAUUCAAGUGGACGUACAGUACGUUUCCAUCACCUCUAACGACCCCGCAACAACUGCAACUACUGCCACGCUGUCCCUCGCCAUUCGGUUACUUUUCGCGGUGGUGAAUCCCAACAGGGUUGGGAUCAGGUACGGCGAUUCCAGGUUCACAGUCAUGUACCGCGGAAUACCUUUAGCUAGGGUUCUGGUGCCUGGUUUCUACCAGGAUCCGCACUGCGUGAAGGACGUCGUCACCGCCGUGGCCGUUGAUCGUCUUAACUUGCUUCAGGCUGAUGCCGCUGAGUUGAUCAGUGACGCAGUCAUCAAUGACAGGGUCGAGUUUCGGGUUCUUGGUAACGUUGCUGCUAGGAUUCGUGUCCUUCGUCUCUUUGAUUCUCCUCGUGUUCAGGUCUCUGUGGAUUGUGUUAUAGUGAUUAGUCCACGAAAGCAGUCUCUGAGUUACAAGCAGUGUGGAAUCGAUGCAUUGAAUGUUUAAAGGAAGGUGAAGACUGGGUAGUAGAUAGUUGAGAAUUGAUUAUUUGAAAUAUUUCACUGAAUUAUUAUUUAACGGUUCAUUAUAUUAUCGUUUAACAAUUUUUAACUAUAAAUUUUCCUUCAAGACAAUGAAGACAACGUGAAUUUUCACUUUAAAGAUAUUCAUGUCAUGAAAUCAUACCAGUUUGGAAGACUACUUCUCAAAAGAGACAUCUAACUUAUUAGUGAUAAUAUAUUAUUCAACAUUUUGUCAAAGGAUAUUUGUAGAUUUUUUUUUCUCAAAAUUAUUUUUACUUUUCUAAAUUGUUACUUCACUUGUAAGACAAAUGUAAAGCAGAGAAAAAAAUGAGUAUCUUGCUUCAUUUCUUGUGCUCCCUUCCCCAACUCUA